AUGGCCGCUACUAACGGCGAGCCUGCAGCAGAUGGCCAGGCCGACGAUAUCGCAAAGCGUGUGCCCGAGGGCGUCGUCCUUCCACCGCGUCACAUUCGAUACAAGAUUGAGAAGGUAGCUGCGUACGUUGCGCGAUCAGGUAAAGCCUUUGAAGACUCGGUUCGCAACAAAAACGCCGGCACCAAUGUCACAUCUUUCCUGGAGCCGGAAGACGAGUACAACGACUACUACAAAUGGCGCGUGGAAGAGUGCAAAGCUGGUCGCAGCACUGAGCAGAAUGCACCUACCGCCAGGACAGAUGUCUCUUUCCAAGGUCGCGAAUCGAGAGCGCCGAAGCCGCCGGAGGAGUUCAAAUUCAGCGCUCGCAUGCCCAACAUCAGCGCCCAGGAUCUCGAAAUUGUCAAGUUGACAGCUCUAUACGCCGCCAAGAAUGGCAGAAGCUGGGUCACGCAUCUCAGUCAGAGAGAAGGUGGCAACUACCAAUUCGACUUCUUGCGGCCCCAGCACUCGCUGAACAUGUUCUUCAACCGCUUGGUGGAGCAGUACAAGGAUCUCAUCGAGGGUGAGACGGCCGAGAACGGUGCGCCCCAGAGGAAGCGCAUCGAAGAGCUGCAGAAGAAUGUCAACAACCGCUUCAAUGUGCUGGAGCGCGCGAAGAAGAGGGCCGAGUACGUCAAGUAUCAAGAGAAGCAGAAGGUCGAGAAGGAAGAGAAGGCUGAGGCAGACCGUGUGGCUUUCGCACAAAUCGACUGGCACGACUUCAGUGUCAUCGCCACCAUCACCUUUGAUGAGCGCGACGAACAAGCAGAUAUGCCGCCGCCACGAACCCUGAACGAUAUGCUGUCGCUGAGCUUGGAAGAGAAGGCAAACAUGCGCAUCGAUCCGAACAGGAGACUAGAGGAAGCUGUGCCAGAUCUCAACGAUUACCAAGACAUUUACGGCCAGCAGGCACAGUAUCCAGCAGCACAAGUCAUGCCGCAACAGCAAUUUUACACUCCGCAACCACCGUACCAACCAACGCCUCCACAACAGUCUCCAUACGCGCCACCAGAGGCUCCAUCGCUUGCCGAAGAGCGCGAUGCGGCACGAAAUGCUACCAGAGCCGCGCACAACCAGCCUGCUCGCAUACGCAACGACUACGUCCCACAAGCACAACUUCGAAAUCGUGUACAAAACACAUCCAUCUGUCCAAACUGCAAGCAGCCGAUACCGAACGAUGAGCUUGAGGAACACAUGCGCAUUGAGCUUCUAGAUCCUCGUUGGCGCGACGAGUCACGUAAGGCUCAGAUGCGAAGCUCGACCACCAACCUGUCGACCGCUGAUGUGGCCAACAACCUGAAGCGGCUGGCAUCGCAGCGAACUGAUGUGUUCGACCCCAUCACAGGUCAAGCAGUCACACCAGAAGAGCAGGAGCGGAGAAAGAGAGCGGAGCUUCAGGCAUAUAAUGGCCAGAUGCCACAGACCGCUGCGCCAGGAACCUUCCCGCCAGGCACAGAUCGGCCGGACGUGCAAGAGCAGAUCCGACAGCUGCACGAGCGGUAUAAGAGAUGAGAGGAUGGUGAUGAUAUGAGAAUUGGAAAGGACAUACCAAGGAUGGCAUCGCGGAGUACUAACGCGCAAGGGAGAAGUGUCUGCCAGCCGUGGCAGAAAGACUCCUGUGAUGCUCCAAUGACCAGAGCACGCCGAGACGCGUUUCGAAAGAGUCAGAGCAACAGCUGGUGGUGUAUCGCCGUACAGCAAAUCAAAUCUCACGACGCUCC